ACCCUUUUGCUAUUUUGUAUCAAACUAUGAUUUGAUUAUCUUCCUCUUACCACAGUUAACAUAGGGUGCUCAUAUUUUUUCAAGAUCUAACCAAUUCGAGUUGCAUACUAUACUAGAUAUAAGAUGUAAGAUCUUUGUCUUCCCCAACAACAGCGUCCACUUAAAAAAAAAAAAAAAACUGAAAAUAAAAGCAACAAACCUUUUAUUUUUUUUGUUGUUGUUGGGCGAGAUUAGAUUUGAUGGGAAAAUAUCUUGAAUCUGCUGCGAGACUUGAAGGGCUAUCGCGAAUUGUGUCAUCUGCGAAACCCCAAAGGCCAAAAGGAACGGUACCCAGAUCGCCAAACCGUGUGGCAACCCCUCGGAGUGCUAACCCAAGUGCUGUUAAGGUCGAAACUGUGAAAAAGAUGGAAUCUUUGGAACAAUGUCGGACACCCCUCGCCAAGGUUGUCGCCGAUUGCUCCAAGCGCUGGUUCCAGGACACUCUCAAGGAGGCUAAGGCUGGGGACUCUGCCAUGCAGGUUUUGGUUGGUCAAAUGUAUUACUCUGGCUAUGGUGUUACAAGGGACCCCCAAAAGGGACAUGUUUGGAUUUCUAAAGCUUCAAGGAAUCGAAAUUCAGUUUGGAAAGUGUGUGGUAAACGGCCAGGUUACAGAGCAAGUGAUUCAGAUUCAUGUGAACUGGAGAGCAAAGAUAAAUCUUUUCCUUAAUUUACAAGUAUAGCUCCCUAUUUUUUCUUUUAAAGAAAAUGAAUUUCAACUUCAAUUCUAUAUUAUAGUAUAUGUAAACUUAUUGUCGCUGAUACUAGUGGUUAUUUGUUGUAACAUCCAAAACAUAAGUCAAAUUUUGUUAACUAACAAUUGUUCUACGAUGGUGUCUCUUGUAAAUUA